AUGGACACCUCUUACCUGGCAACCUCGUAUUCUUACGAGGAUAAGGAUUAUUUCGAACAGAGCGUCGCCGUACUGCCAACGCCGUGCGGCUUUCAGCAGCCGCAGCAUGGACAUCUUUACCCGAUCGUUCCAACGUCAAUGCAUCCAGUUCAGGGCAGCACACAUCUUACGGGAAACGACCACUAUGAUAACUCCAUUGCCCUACAACCAUCGAUGUUUUACUAUGCCGCUGCAGCAGCAGCCGGGCCGUCAUUGAGUGCAUCACAGGAGGAUGCUCCAUCGAACUUGCAGAACAAAACCAUGAUUGAUGGACUGAAUGAUGGGAAUUCACAGGGAGCUCGCAAACGUGGCACUAAGCGUGGACGUCCAACUAAGAAUCCGGUCUGGACAUUUUUUCGGCGAAUCGACGACAAAAGCGUGCAGUGCAACAUGUGCGCAAGGCUCGUCAAAUCAGCUUGCGCCACGAACAUGAGCAAGCAUCUGGAGCGGCACCAUCAGAAUGCUACCACCGUGACGACACCGAGUCCAGUCGAUCAGGUUGACUUCAAUGCGCAGAAGUACGACCAGUCGGUCGUCAGCAACUACGAUGUUCACCAGACCCCUUCGUGGAAUUCAUAUUCCCAACAUAUGCAACCGCUUAAGCACGUUCUCUUCUAUUGUAUACCUGGUAGUAAGGUAGUAGUCACCAGCUACGAUCACUAUCACAAUAUGCAGGCGCUACAGCGACCCUUACAAGGAGUGCCAUGGAAUCCGGACCGACGAGGUGCUAAAAGAAAUCGUCGAACAAAGCAUCCGGUUUGGGAGCUAUUUCGUCGGACUACCGAUGGCAAUGCACAAUGUAUUCUAUGCAACGUUGUGGUGCGAUCUCCAUGUUCGAGUAAUUUUAUGGGCCAUCUGAAUCGACAUCAUUCCGAACACUAUCAAGAUAUCUACAACCGAUGGCUGGAAGGUCGAGUCGACAUGCCCAGUUUGCCCAGCUGA